AUGUGCUGGGGAUCUUUCACGCGUAACUCGGAUCCGAUGGAACUGCAGCAGCUACGGACCGGUGGGCAUCGCGGGGACAGGCCACACGCCCAGGCAGCACCAGGGCACCGGCUGCUGCCAGACUCAUCGACAUGGUCGGCAUUCAAUACAAAUACGGAAGGCGAUUGUUCUUACCACCAAUCGCAAGGGGCAGCCAUGGCGGACCGGCAUCCGUACUGCGUCGUCUGGACCUACCUGCCCUGCUUGACGACCUUCUUUCCGUUUAUCGGCCACGUAGGCAUAUGCACUGCUGAGGGCGUGGUGCACGACUUCGCCGGACCGUACUUCGUUAGCGUCGAUCGAAUGCAGUUUCACAGGCCGAUGAGAGCAUGGCGUCUUGAGCGCGAACGUAUGCAUCCUCCCGUCGAUGCAGCAGCGUAUGAUAUGGCAAUCCAGGCAGCGGACACACGGUUUCGCGAGACGUCACAUAACCUUUUCUGUAAUAAUUGUCACCAUCACGUGGCGGAGGCGCUGAAUCGUAUGGCGUACGAUGGUCGAAGAGACUGGACACAGUUUGACGUAUGGUGGCAGCUCCUAAUCCACGGCCGUUUCUUGACAUGGCGUGACUGGUUUCUCGUGUGGGCGCCGUGGAUCCUUCUGGUCAUGGUCGUCCUCGUUUCGACCACCGCGCUGCCGUGGUUAAAAAGGUCUUAG